GCUCACUCCAACAAGAAGCAGCAGCUGCCCAGACUUGAGCCCAGCACCGCGAUGUCUGAAACCACAAAGCCCACUGCUCCCGGCCAGGCUGCGGAGGAGAAGGAGAAGGCGGCCCCAGCGCCAACUCCAUCCCUCGACCCUGCUCCCGUUGCAAACAGCAAGGGCGAGGAGCCCUCCACAGAAGCCUUCAGGAUCAUCGUCUUCGAUCAGGAGAACUUCCAGGGCAGGCAGAUGGAGUUCACAACCGAGUGCCUGAACCUGGGGGACCGCGGCUUUGACCGGGUGCGCAGCGUCAUCGUCACCUCUGGACCCUGGGUGGCCUAUGAGCAGGCCAACAUGCGCGGGGAGAUGUUCAUCCUGGAGAAGGGCGAGUACCCUCGCUGGGACACCUGGUCUAGCAGCUAUCGGAGCGACUGCUUCAUGUCCAUGCGUCCCAUCAAAAUGGAGGCCGAGGACCACAAAAUCUCCCUGUACGAGUCUGCUGACUUCAAGGGCAACAAGAUGGAAAUCCAGGAGGACGAUGUGCCUAGCCUCUGGGCUUAUGGCUUCUGUGACCGCGUGGGCAGUGUGCAGGUGCCCAGUGGAACCUGGGUCGGGUACCAGUACCCUGGAUACAGAGGCUACCAGUACCUCUUCGAGACCGGAGACUUCCGACACUGGAACGAGUGGUCUGCCUUCCAACCCCAGAUUCAGUCCAUCCGCCGCAUCCGGGACAUGCAGUGGGACCAGAAGGGCACCUUUGUCACCCCCGACGC